AUGACGGGCGACACAAACUUGCUCUUGCAGUAUUCGCUUAUCAAAAAUCUAAAAAAAGCCUUUAAACCAAUUUUUCACGGAAUAACGACCAGAAGAAGAAGAAGAAGAAGAAGAAGAAGAAGAAGAAGAAGAAGAAGAAGAAGAAGAAGAAGAAGAAGAAGAAGAAGAAGAAGAAGAAGAAGAAGAAGAAGAAGAAGAAGAAGAAGAAGAAGAAGAAGAAGAAGAAGAAGAAGAAGAAGAAGAAGAAGAAGAAGAAGAAGAAGAAGAAGAAGAAGAAGAAGAAGAAGAAGAAGAAGAAGAAAAGAAGAGAAAGAAGAAGAAGAAGAAGAAGAAGAAGAAGAAGAAGAAGAAGAAGAAGAAGAAGAAGAAGAAGAAGAAGAAGAAGAAGAAGAAGAAGAAGAAGAAGAAGAAGAAGAAGAAGAAGAAGAAGAAGAAGAAGAAGAAGAAGAAGAAGAAGAAGAAGAAGAAGAAGAAGAAGAAGAAGAAGAAGAAGAAGAAGAAGAAGAAGAAGAAGAAGAAGAAGAAGAAAAAGAAGAAGAAGAAGAAGAAGAAGAAGAAGAAGAAGAAGAAGAAGAAGAAGAAGAAGAAGAAGAAGAAGAAGAAGAAGAAGAAGAAGAAGAAGAAGAAGAAGAAGAAGAAGAAGAAGAAGAAGAAGAAGAAGAAGAAGAAGAAGAAGAAGAAGAAGAAAAAAGUUGUCUCGUUGAACGUCUGAAACAACUCACGUUCACAGUUAGAGAAAUGCACCACUUUGUUCUCAUUCCUUUCCUACGUUCCCUUCUAAAAGAAGUUGGUGACGAAGUUGAUUUUUUAAAAACAAUACUGUUUGCCAAUAUGCAACUACCAUCAUGGUUAGACGAGACACUAAGAGAAAGCAGAGGAAAGGAUACAGACAAGCAGUAUCUUGAUUCAGGCUGUACUUUGAAAGUAGUAAACACACAAUGUAUCUCCACAAUAACACCCAAUGGAGAUAAUUGCUAUAGAUUGCUUAACCUUAAAAAGAUGUUAAAAGGCUAUUGGAAACUAAGAGAUUUUUAUAAAUUAACAGACCGGAAUUUACCAGCUGAAAAAUUUUAUGCCAUUUUACUGACCGUUGAUAAUUGUCAAGAUCGAGUGACAUUUCUUGCUAAUAAUACGGCCACGAUAAACUUUUUAGAUAGAUAUUUAUUACUAACGAAUGUUUCGUUAGCUGUAACUUUUCAGAAUUAUCACACCAAAGUUAUCAAUAAUUCUCAAAUCAGUAUUAACGUGCAAAGUAACGUGGAACUAAACGAAAGAAUGCUGACUCUGCAAGCUUCGAAAGCAUUUAACGAUAGUAAAUACGCAAUUUCAAUAAAUGGGGAGAGGGUCACGUUUUUAGAUAUUCUGCAAACAUUUCGAGCUGAACAUACGUUUUACGAGAAAAUCUGUUCCUCGAUAGAGCGAGACGUAAUCGAGAACAUGGAAUUUAAGAAGUUCUACAUGAAAGGAUUAUACAAUCUCACGCAAGGAUUUUAUUUAACAUCUACUGCUACACUCAGAAGCUCAGGAUCUAACGUAACAACUUUCAUCGAGAUUAUAUUAAUACGUAAGCACAAUCAACCAAUUAAGUUAGCCUUUAUACUAAAAGGAAAAUUAGAAGAGGAUGUGUUGACGUUUUUAUCGGCGUUACUGCAACGACGUCGGAAUGCAAUACCCGUCAUUGACCGAUCCGUUGAUGUCGGUGUGUUAAGUAUAUCUGGUCAUCAUAUUACACAAAAUGAAUAUCAAUCCGACACCCGUUUAGGUGAUAUACCGGUAGGGAUCGCUUUGCAAACUCUAACGUCGUUUAAUGACGUCAAUAAACGAGCACUGACGACAAACGUGACGACGGAUAGUAAGAGUUAUAUUUUAUCGAGAUUAAAAAUUUGCGAAAAAAAAGACAAAAUUAAUUUUGAUGCUGAAAACAAAAUAAUAUUGAGUGAAUUUUUAAAGAAAAUCCAGGACCUACAAAAUCCUGACUUUCCAGACUGGUUAUAUGCAGGUGACGAUGUGUACGCCCAGCUAAAGAAAAUCACAUUUACUGGAUCUAACAAAAACCAAGUGUCGGUGCAAGUUACCAUGCUAACAACAAUUGACGCCUUGUUUAAUACGAUGAAGAUUGAGAAACCAAAGUUAGAACUUUUGACUGACAGAGACAAAGAGGGCGGUGUAUGGAACUGCGGAACUUUAAAAAGUAAACAAAAGCUUGGUACAAGGAAAGCUGAUGUUGUUUUAACAUGCGACGAAGGUUUAAAAAACUUUAAAAUAAUCAUUUCUCUCCCUACAUUUGGAUUUCAAGAUUUUUUAAGCUUACUCCAAGUAGACGUGCUUCCAGAACAAUUGAAAAUAGUUAUGGAAAAACUUUUGAAGUUUGAUAUACAAGAUUUCAGAGUUGAAGCAAGUCAGAGUGCUGACCAGUUCAUUAGAAUCACAGGUUCUCCGUUAUUGUUUGGACUCCAAAACCUUACUAUGGAAGGAAUAUUGUGGUUGGAAAACGACAAGAAGAAGAUUGCUGUGGGAAUCGUUCUAAAAGAUGCAAAAUUAGAUGAUCUGUUAGAGAGAAUGAUUGGAAAGAAGUUAAGCAUUUCGUGGAUUGGUGACACGAAAGCAGCCAUUCUCAUUAGCAACACGAAUUUAGAAUCCAAAACAAAACGACAAAGCCUUCCACCUUCUUCUGGAAAUGCCACAUUUAACUCGACUAUGCUCACAAUUGGUGUUCAAAAUAAUUCCGUUAGCAUUAGUCAUGGUCACUCUCGCAAACGAAGAGAUGUUUAUCAGUCAACAGGGUAUAACAACAUCGCAAUAGGCCAGGCUCAACCUGAAGUACAGCAACAAACGUUACCGCAUUAUAAUAGCCCUGAACUGGUCACACGUCCUAAUUCUUAUGACAAUUCAAAUAGUGUAGGUUACUCUACGACAGAACAGCAAGCAAGUCCGGUCAUGGAGCAAAAACCGGAAUCAGAAGAGACAUCAGCAAUAACAAGUAAUCUAAGCUCUGAGAAACCGACGUCGUUAAUGGAUCAACUUAUUCAAGCUUAUAAUACCAACAACCAAGAGAAGAAUGCUAAGAACUACGAACUUCAACGGGAACUCAACGAAGGAGUGCUUGAUGAAUCAGCAGAUAAACGCUCCAUCUUAGGUCAUCAUCGAGCGCGUGAUCUGGAAGCAGAUAAACAAAGAAAAGGGAAAAUAAAGAAAAGUAAAAGUAACCCUGGGAAACUAUCAAAUAAAGGAAAAAAGACUGUAAAAAGAAAGAAAAAACGAAAUGAAAAACAAAAGAAAAGAAGUGAAAUUCGAAAGUUUAAAAAACGAAGAAAACAUCAUAAAAAACACAAAACUUCCAAAAGAAAUUUUAUUAACAAACAUACGAAUGUAGACAAGAACUUUAAAGAGAAAUAUUUGACUUGGUUACGCACUGCUAGGAAAGGAAGUCCUCGUGAGAACAUAGAAAAUAUAUUUGACGACGCGUACAAAUUGACCAGCUUCCAGAAUGUUGCAAACCUAAAUAAUGUGCAAAGUGCACUCACUGAAGGUGAAAAUGCAUACAAAAAGGACACGAAAACGCCUGAUAACAUCAAGAAAACUUCAAACGUUGACUUGGAUGUUUUUAAGCAAUCUCAAUUGGAUAACGCAUACGAGGCUGAGCUUGCGCAGUAUCAACGUAACGUUAAUCCAGUCUCUUUACUGAAACCAUUAAGCAGGCGUGAAAAACAAACAAAACCUGAAUUUGAGAAGGAGGAGUAUGGAGUGGAGAGAGAGGCUGUGGCUUACAUCCCUGAGACAGGAGCCGAUGUUUACAAUUUGUACAAGAAAGAACAUAGAAAUGACUCUGAAUUAAACAAUGGCUUCAAUGAUGAUGAUGAAGAGGAUGAAGAGGAGGCGCGUGUGGCCACGGAAAGUUAUACUAGAAAGAAAAACGAAACUGCAGAUUCUCAAGAAGAAGAGAAGCAGAACGAAAAUAAUGAUUUGAUACAAGAAUACGCACGAUUGAAUGCUGAGUUAGCUGCUAUGCAUGAGCCGACGGUUGCACCGCUUGUGGCACCGCAAGUAAACCAACAAGAAGAGAUUCAAAAGAAGCUUUACCAUCACGCUGAGAAGGAGGCUACUAACAACCAUGAUUACCAGCAACAUAAAGCACACGAGACAUCCAUACAACUGGACCCAUCCGAUUCUAAAGACCUCACGGUGACAUUAAAUAAGUUAAAAUCGAUCCAGACAGAGCUAAAAAAGAUGGAUUCUAACAACUCGAAUCAAAACAGUUUUGAAAAUGUGGUUGGGCAGGUCAAAGCAAAAGAGAUGCCGUUUAUGCUUGAGCAAGCUCCUUUAAAAACGGAUGUAGGGUCAGCUCUUGCUCCUGAGAAACAAACCCAAAACGCACCUGGAAGUACUUACACUGCCAGCGAACAUCUUAGCAAAUCUGUGCCAAGCCAAACAGCUACACCUGAGACAAUAGUUGCUAUUGACAACAAGAGUACUCCUCCCAACGAAGUCCUUCCGUUGCAAGCUAAAAUAUACACUCCAACAACCACAGUCAGUCCGGAGCACAGUGAAAAUGCCGGCAUGGCUCAAACUCACAAGGAGCUUAACCAUAUAAACAACAUUGGUCUAUCUAAUAAAGUCACUGAAACAAAAACCCGAACUGAUCUCGGUAAAGUCAAAGUUUCUGAGAAAGAACAUGGUAUUAAUUACAACACCGCACCGAUAAAAGAUAAAGAACACCAACCAAGUUCAAUACAAAAGAAUGCGAAACUUGCGACACCCGCAAAAGAGGUCUCUGCAAACGGUUUGGCGGUAGCAGCGCCAUUCAAUGUUACGGUUGACGGUAAUGAUGGGCGUGAAGUAAAAGACACAUUUCUCCAACAUGAAACUAAAAAAGUUACUUCCACAACCGUAAAUUCUAAAACUGAAUCUAUGAAUAAUUGGGCGGAUGCUACAGUGGAUGGACAAACGCCUGAUAAUAAUCUUGGUAAAAGUAAUAUGGUUUAUACUGAACAAAAAUUGACUCAAGGAGUGAGAACACAUCAACAAAAACUGCCACAAACAGGAGAUGCUAAUACCGAAGUCACGCAAGUAAAGUUUGUUGCUCCUAAAAUGAAAACACUCCGGGUAAGAGUAAAAGGAAAGAAUGAUGAUAUUAUUCCAGCGAAAUCUGAACCGAAUCAUCAAUCAUACUUAAAACAUAAACCACUACCAGCUAACACGACUAAUAGUUUGAUAGCUAGCUACAAGUUUGUUCCUAUGAAAACUAAUCAAUUUCACGUUAAUUACGGGCUAUCAAAUAAAAUUGGUGAAAUGCAGAAUCUUACAAUGAAAAAUAAUAUUUUACAGAGUAUCAAAAAACCAAUAGCGCCACAAGAAGAUUCUUUACAGAAUAUCCCUAAAGCGAAAGCGACACAAGAAGAUACUUUACAACAUAUUCAAAAAACAAAAGCGUCACAGGAAAAUACUUUACAGAAUAUCCAGAAGGCAAAAGCAUUAAAAGAAGAUACUUUACAGAAUAGCCCGAAAGCAAAAGCGACACAAGAAAAUACUUUACAGAAUAUCAAGAAAGCAAAAGCGACACAAGAAAAUACUUUACAGAAUAGCAAGAAACUAAAAGCAACACAAGAAGAUACUCUACAGAGUAUGGUAUACAAACCAAAUGACAUUAAGGAAAAAAAUUUAUCAACAACAAGAAUACUUUCUGAUUCUCCACCUUACAAAAAACUUCAUAGCGCCAGUGAAACUAAAAACAUUCAAAAUUCGAUGAUACAUCAAACUCGAUUACUUGAACCAAUCACAGAAGUAUUUCCGCAAAAAACAACAGCUACUGAUCCAGCAACAAGCAUUCCAGACAAGACGCAAACUAAAAAAGUAAUAAAUACAAACAGUGGGGACACUUUCUUCAGCAAAAUUCGAAAGUUAGCUUUGAAGAAGGACGCACGUAAAGACAGCGACCUGAGUGAUAAUGACGCUGAAGAUAUUGUCAUCGUCACAAAAACUGCAGAAAGAAAAAUAAAGCCAAAAAGAAAUCACACUCGGCCGAAACAAAACAUAUUCCAUGUUGAAUUAACAGGUGAUGAAGGAAUUGGUAUAAACGAGACAAAUUACAAAUUAAGCGAAGAGAAUCCUAUGAACGACAAUAAAUUAUUUGGACAGAUGAAGGAAAGAAUGGAAGUUGGCAUCAAGAACCAGAAAAGUAAUGGAGGAAAUGAUUCUCACAGCCUUUCUUUCUCAAUAGUAAACAAUACCAAUGAUACAGCUUUGAACAUCCAAAACAGUGACUUCAAAACUGGAACCAACAUUAGCGAGGCUUCUACACAUAUACCCAUGAACAAAAUCAAAGAUGAUUCUAACAUGUAUGAUAGUAAGUUUGACCACGUCUCAAAUAACACCAACAAUAGUACUGCUGCAGAUCUAACGAGUGUGAGGAAUAAUACUGCAACGACAGCUGGGGAGAGUGUAAGAACUACUACUCACAAUGUUGAAGCCACCCAAGGGUCAACCACUGUAACAAAAAUAAAACCAAAUUCAGAAAUGUCUUCUCUAACAGAUACAAAACGUAAUACAACGGUAACAAAUGCAACAAAAGAGGAUUCUACACAUUUAGCAGCGAAUAAACCUGUCGCCGAUGCAACUGGAUCUAAAGCUAACACCGAGCAAGCAACGCCAAAGGUUUCGUCAGCACGAAACAGUACAGAUUCAUAUCAAGCACUGAACAAUUCAGCUACAGAUGGUGAUGAAGAAAAUGCUAGUAUGGAUCAAGAUGCUGAAAAAGAUCACGAAGAAAUUAUGGAAGCCAAGUCAGAAUUAACUGCAUUUAAAAGUCAACAAUCUAAAGGAUCUAAAGAAAGAAACUUUUUAGAAGAAACAUAUGAUGAACCAAACAGGCUAUCCUCUCCAUUCAACAAAAACGAUACACACGUAGGUGGGCGCGACUACAACAUCACAGAGGAGGAAGAUGAUGAUGACAGAUUGCAUGGCGAUGGUAGUGUUGGACAAAAGGAUGAUGAAGACCAAGAAGAAUUGGCUGCGCUUGCAAAAACCGAACCGAAUCGUCAUACAACUCAUGAGAAAUCAGAGGAGGAAGAAAUACUCAGCCUUGCUAAAAAUGCUUUGAAGAGCAACACGGAUCAUGGAAGCAUCUUGCCGUUACAUCAUGGGGAUAAUACUGUCAGUGUAUUGCAUGAUGGGAAUGACACACUGGCUUCAGAUGAUAGUGACGUGAAAGGUAAAGGAGAGAAAGGAAAGAUAUAUGAAGUUGAAGACGCUUUAAGUAAUAAUGACAUAGAAGUCAAGACUUACAAUAAUGACGGUUUAAAGAGGCAGAAACAUCAACACGUGUAUGCUAAAGAAAGAAAUGAAUUGACCUUACAAGAUGAAGAUAAUGGAGCAGAAGAAACAGAAGCAGAAGAAGGAUCUGAUAAUAACGAGUACAGCAUAGAUGAAAACAACGAGUCGGCUCUGAUUGGAAAAACAAAGAGUCAAGAUAUUUCCAAAGUAAGCGACAAUAACACCGAGGAGGAGGAGGAUGAGGCAGAGGAACUAACCAAUCAAAAUGAAGAUAUAGACACUCCGGCACUUAAAUCUGUUGAAGAUGUUAAAGUUGAGGAAAGUACAGAGACAAUGAAGGAGGACGAACUCAAAGAUAAGUUAGAACCAGAUGAAGAGGAAGAGAUUGUGGUGAAGGUACCGAGAGAGAGUCAACAUAAAGUCAUUGAGCUGCAAGAAAAUGAUGACAACUCCAAAAUCCUUACUGAUUACGUUAACAAAAAUGUCAAAUUAAGUGAUAAAAAUCCAGACCAGAUUGCAGGAGAGUUAAGUGACUAUGCAUCAAACAUUAAUUUACUCGGACGAAAAGUGGAGGCACACCCAUCUAGGAAGCUUGAAAAGGUGGCCGACAUUUUAUCGGAUUAUCGCAAAAAAUUGAAACAUGGUAUCAACGCGAGGAAGCGGGACGAGAGGAAAAACAAAACAAUGUAUUUAGUAAAAAAUAAAAACUUACAGGUUGUCAUGGAGAUUCGACCCGAUAGCAAAACAAAUGCGAUAUCCGUUGAAACUGAAGGCUUGCAAAAUUUAUACAAAAACAAGCAUAAACUUCUUCCAAAAUUUCAUCCAAACCAGAGAAAUUAUUCCUACCUUGACAAAGACGACAACACAUUCGAAGAUAGCAUCGCCAUGGCAAAACAAAUCGAACAUGGCAGAACAAGACACGAGCAUCGAAUUCAUCGCAAAAAACAUUUGAAAAGUCGAUUAGAUGAAGGAUUGGAAAGUAUGGAAAAAGAAUUAAUAAAAAAAUAUAAAAUGCAUUCCAAAGAGCAUAAUAAAAGAAAAUUUCAGCCUCAUCCUGAAAGUGAGAGCAUAGACGAUAGCAUUUCAAAAAAAGAUUCAAAGAAUUUGGAUGACAGUUUAGUGAAUCAUAAAUACGAAAGCAUACUAAGACCUGAACAAAACGCAAAAGAUCAGUAUAUAACAGUUGGAAAUGGAUCUUACAUUGAGAAUGGCUUUGAUGAUGAACUUCGAAAUGAAGUGUCGCAGAUCGGAAAGGUGGAAACAUCAGAAAGCGAAGUUUUCUUAAAUGCUCUGCCGAGAGCACAUAUCUACAACAACUCUGAACCUAAAAACCAUGUUAGCAAGAAAAAUGAAACUUUCUCCAGAGAGGAAGAAAUCAUUGAAACAUAUUCGAAGAGGGAAAGACCAAUCGCAGGAGUUAUGAGAAAGGGCAACAUAAAACGCAUGGCAAUUCCAGAGACGUCUAUGGACGCAUAUAACUUAUACAAUGGAACGACAGAUUACGGCGGGGAUAUGCUAGACGCCGACGAGUUCAAACCGAGCAAAACCACCAAUUCUGAGAUGGAAACAUUUCAUUUCAAAAACAAAACACAAAAACACAGCAAAGGGAAGUCACAUGGGAUAUCUGUUGAAACUGCAGUCAAGAAAAUGAAGGACAAAAAGAAAAACAAGAAGCUGCAAAUAAAAAACGACACGAAGAAACAUAAGAAAGAAAAAGCAAAAAAUAAUAAAAGAAGAAAGAAUGAAAAAGGUUUACACCUUGACAGUAUGGAAAGCAAUGCUAAGAGUUAUGAGACUUCGCUUGAACAAGCUUUGAAGGAAUAUCUAUAUCCACAAAACGACAAGAAUAUGGUUAAUUCUGAACGAUCCUCUAAUAAGGAUAAGACUGGCAAAUCCAAGAGAGAAAAAACAAAGAAAGGUAUUAUAACAAAAGAAAAGAAACCUACCACAAAAAUAAAGAAACGUACCACAAAGGAAAAGAAGAAAAAUAAAAAAGUUGGAAAUUCCUCACAGCGCAGGGUGAUAGUACAGACGGAAUUGAAGCCACAAGCAAAGCGCAAUCAUAAAAAGAGAAACUCAAAAGUAAAUAAGAUCGCCAGGUCAAGAUUACGACAUCGUAACCGAAACUCUUCUUUGGAUGACAGCGAUAUUAGAGAAGUUCCAAGUGUUGACGGACAGCAACAGGGAAAUCUAACGCAAAAACAGUCAGAUGACGUUAUUAAUAAUAUUUCUCAAACAUUGACUAAAAAUCCAGGAAAUAUUUCACAAGCUCUAUCAGACGACAGUCCAGGAAAGCAAGAACACAAUAACAGCAUCAUGGAAUCCUUUAAUGUUUGGAUUCAAAACACGACAGGCGUUAACUUUAAACGUCGACAUAAUAACGUCGUCGGAGGCGGUGCAGAAAUACUGGUAGACAGUACCGAAAUGUCUCCGGCAUUUGGAAAGUUAAGAAACUCAACUGAAGAUAGUGUCAUCAAAGAGGUAAUUGGAACCACGUUGAAAGGUAAAAGUAAAAAUUUGCAAUAUUCCUUGAUGCAGUCAAAAAGAAACGAAGGAAAAUUACAUAUGUCUGACGCGCAACGAGAGCAAAGAAAUGAAUCGUCCACAUUUAAUAAUUCAACUAUGUUGUAUGGAAAAUAUAUAAAGCAAUUAAACAGUGCUAAUAUAAAAAUAAAUGAAACUAAAAAGGUAAACGAGACAGCUCUAUAUUACAACAACACGAAAUUUAACCAAUCAAAUAACAGCAAAGCAGUCGCACGAGCGAAACAUACAAAUAUGAAAAUCGAACGUAAGGAGUUUGCUACCAGUGAGUUAAGAUCGUUGGAAGUCGUGGAAGGUGUGUCAGUAGACGUCGAGUUCUCGCCACCUGGUGAUUGUGAAGGCAAUAAGAUGUGCUUAUUCAUCAAGGAGAAACUUCAUGACGUUGACGCAUUGAAACUUCAAGGUUCUUUUAAUGCCAAAGGAGUACAAUUGUCGUUCAAAUACCCUGGUCAAACUGAGUUGACAGAAUCUACGUCUUUACGCAACAUACUGCUGGGGAUGUCUAUUGAAGGUGUCAAUUCAAAGGUAGUGAUAGAAGCAGAGUUGAAAAUAAUGGAUCCUGCGUUGAAAUUUAUAGGUAAAAUAUCAAUCGAUGCAACAGGUAGUUUACAGUUUGAAAUGUCAAUGUCUGGUAUAUGGAAGAAAGCAUUUGGUAUAAACAACUUGGCGAUCGGGAAUGCAAUAUUAUCUCUUUCCUAUCAACCUGGGGCACCGAUGCCAGGAUUCGAACUUGGUGGCGAUGUCUGGUUUGGUGUGCUUGGAACAGGAAAUGAAAUCAAGUCAAAAGUGUUUUUUGGGUUUGAUCCAACUGAUCCAACUGGAAACUAUUUAUAUGGUAAAACUGACAAAUUAUCAAUUGGUGCGUUAUUCAAAGCUCUUAAUAAAUCAGUACCCUUGCCGAAUCCAAUCAAAGAUAGCGGUUUCCCGAAAGGCUUGCAAAUCGCGUUCACAUCCAACCCUAAAGGUGUCGACAUACCGAAGGAUAACAUACACGUGGAAUUCGGAUUUUUCAUUUCCGGUCUAAUAAAUUUACUUGGUUACGAAGCGUCAUGUAAAAUCAAAAUCACGUCAAAUGAAAUUGACAUUGAUGUUAAAAUGUCUCCGAUGGAGUUUGCAAAUGGCCUAAUUAAAUUUCAUCGUUCAAUUACCGAUAAUAAAAAAGGUCCAGCGUUUACCAUAAAAGUCGGGAAAACCGGAUUACUUGUAAAAGCAGAGGGAGCGGCAUGUUUACUUGGAAUCCAGGCAGAGGCAUUCCUGCUUAUAACAAACACAGAAUUUAAGAUGAAUUUAAAAGCCAAUCUUUUCGACCUGAUAGAAGGAAAUAUUAUGCUGUUAGCUGACGCAAGCCAGGGUGUGGCGGCCGCAAAAUUUCGAUUGGAAGCAUGUUUAUCAAUAAAAAUUGAAAAACUGAUGCAAGUUAUCACAGACAGGUUAAAUGCUAUUGCUGACUUAGCAAAAAAUGCAAUCAAAAGAGCCAAAGAGAAGGUCAAACAGACCGCAGAAGUAUUUGAUCGAGCGAAAGCGAAGCUUGCAGAGCAAGAAGCUAGAAUUAAAGAACGAGAAGCUCAAGUGAAUUCUGAAACUCGACAAAUUUUAAAAAAUCGACGAGAUGUAUCCACGAACUGUUUUGUUAGUUGUCCUAAAGUAUGUCAGGGCGGUUAUACAGAUGAUUCGCAUUGCACGAAGGUAUUUGACGGCUGGCUUUCUUGUCGCAGUUACAGUCCUUGCUUCAAACGGGCUCCCGAUUUAGACUGUGUGUUAAAAUGUGAGAACGAAAAAUUCAAAAAGAGAGGGUUUAACUUGUUGGCGAAAGCAAGUGCCAAGAUGAAACUGUUAGCUUUAACUGGUGCGAAAGUUUCAUUAAAAUUCGCAAAGCGAUUCGCUGAUCUGGCCAAACUUCCUAUGAAAAUAGCUGAAGGUUUAAUGAAAGUUAUUGAAAAGCUGGUGAGUGUUGGUACUGAUCUAGCAAACUCCAUGGCUAAAGCAGCACUCCAAGAUGUUUUUCAAUUCCAUCAUUUUUGUAUAAGUGCUAACUUGGGAGAUACAGAUAGUUUAUGUGUCGGAUUCAACAUGAGUAUUAGUUUGUUGAAAAAAGAGCUUGCGAUGGGUGGUGAUUUAUGUUUAAAUGGAAAGAUGUUCGAAACGAUAGGUAACGAUGCUGUCAAUAAGCAAUACCCUGAAUCCACAAAAAUGGAAAGAGGAUUAAAAGAGAAGGAAAAAGAAUUUUCGAAGUUAGAUAAAGAAACAGAAAAGGCUGAGAAAGAAGAACAGAAGUCAAAAGAUAAAGUCGUCCAUGCAAAGGCAAAACGUGUUUAUAUACCUUCACGUUUGGAAGAAUAUUACGAAAAGCUACUUUACGAACCAGAGCCAAUUUAUUCAUUUCACAGCGAUAUAAUAUCAGCCAUUUAUGGUCGCCAUGGCAGCCCAAAUAAUACGGCGGUUGAUGAUUCUGAUUUGAACGUGGAAAAUAUUCGAGCUAUGUCGAGUGAUAACACUUCAUGUGGGAAUCUCACUCAUACUAUAUCCAGUUACAACGAUAUUGCAAAAGCACUUGAUGAAAUCUUACAGCAUGCAAAAUCAGAAAAAGAAUACCUCGGUAAAGUGAGACGAGCUAUUGAAGAUUCUUUAAUCAGGAAUGAAUUAGCAUCAUUGAAUAUGUCUGCAUAUGACAAGCAACAGUAUGAGUGGUACGCAUCAAGUCUGCGGAGAAGCUUUGACCGUUGGUUUAAUAAGGCAUCUGCUAAACUGGAGAAGCGACAAAAUGGAUUGAUCCCAAAAUGUGUUGGCCAGGUUCAUCAACUUCUACGAAAGCGUGGCUAUCCAGAACUUCAACUGUAUAUGAGAAGUUUAUACCAACAGGCACAAUACGCAGCCGCGGGUAAAAGAUCGACUAUCUCAACGACUGUGACCGAAGAAGAAAAUCUCGAUGACAUUAGAAAGAGUUUUGAAGAAUUGCUUUUCAAGAAUGUUGACACUUCGUUGGAGGAGAAAAUAUCUCACGUGACUAAGAUCAAAAGAAAACUCGCACUUGCGCAGACAUUUAAUAAAAUAUGCGCAGUAUCAGCGAACCAUUAUGAUGGAAAAAGAUAAACGCCCUGAUAGAAACAAAGACACAAAACUGCAUGAAAAUCAGGCAAUGGCACACAGUCCAUGUAAAGGAUGGAUAGAUAGCGAAGAGGAGUUCAACAAUAGUUACGUUUUGCAAAAAACUCCUGUCCUAAAAUUCUAACGGACAGUAAAACAUUCUGACGUAUUACCCGAGUGCUAUUCUAACAAGUUUUCCUUCCUACUUAAAUCCAUUUAUAAAAAACGAAGCUUAAUAUAAACGGACACAAAGCUACCAUAAAUAAAAUUUUUUACGCUACUUGAGGAUUUAAACUGUUUUAUACUGUAAAAAUUUAUCUACAAAAUCUAACUUUAUGUAAAUAUUGGCCCUAGUAGUAAGAAAUAUUUUAGUACAUAGAAAA